UCCCAGCGGCCGCUUCCGCCCGGAGGACUUUGCCCCGCGCACCCGGAAGGCGGGGCCCGGGGAAAAUGGAGUUGUUGGCGGUCCUGAAGCGAGGCUUGCAGCAGCUCACCGGCCACGGCGGCCUCCGGGGCUACCUGCGAGUGUUCUUCAGGGCAAAUGAUGUGAGAGUUGGUACAUUAGUGGGGGAAGACAAAUACGGAAAUAAAUACUAUGAGGACAACAAGCAAUUUUUUGGCCGUCACCGAUGGGUUAUAUAUACUACUGAAAUGAAUGGCAAAAACACAUUUUGGGAUGUGGAUGGAAGCAUGGUGCCUCCUGAGUGGCAUCGCUGGCUUCACUGCAUGACUGAUGAGCCUCCAACAACAAAACCACCUAUUGCUCGUAAAUUCAUCUGGACAACCCAUAAAUUCAAUGUGACUGGCACUCCAGAACAGUAUGUACCAUAUUCCACUACUAGAAAGAAGAUUCAUGAAUGGGUCCCACCCUCAACACCUUACAAGUAAAGACAGAGAAGACUAUUUCAACAGCAAAAUGUGGGGCUUUCCAUGUAAUUGUACUUCUAUUGCUUACUGUUAAAAUUGAUUAAAAUUGUUUAACCAAGCAGA